AUGUUCCGUCGUCCAGAUGAUGAUGACGACGAUUACAGUGGGCGAAAGGUGGUGAAACCGAAGCCGAUCGCUGAGAAAUACGCGAAAAAGUUGGGAUCCGAGUUCGCAACCGGAAAAACAUUUGUGACUGGAAGUGACAAGUCACAAAAAGAUUUCUACGGCAGUCAACAAGUACGAAACGAUGUGAUGGGAUCAUCAGGUUCGGGGUCAACUCCAUUGACUGAAGAUGAGAAAAAUAAGUUGUCGGCGAAGAUUCUGAAGGCGGAAAUGAAGGGGGAUACGGAUCUCGUGAAAAAGUUGAAACGAAAACUGGAAUCAGGUGUAUCCGGAGAAGACGAGCCACCGAAAUCGCGUUCGAAGGAUGUGACAAUGAUGAGAAGGGAUCGAGAGGGAAACAUCCUACCGGCCAGUAGUAGUAGUCGACGAUCAGAUUCUGAUAGACAUGCAGAGGGUUCCUCCAGAAUGCGACGUGAAUAUGAGAAAUCACAGGAUCUUGAUUCAAUGGUUCGCGAGGAGAAAACUGGAACAGCUGGUGACCAAUUACGUCUUUUUGAGAAGCAAUUGAUUAAAAGCUCAAAAAUCCGGCGUCACGACGAUGAAAGUGUGGAUGAUAUAGCUGAAAUGCAGAAAGGACGGAAGAAAACAGAUGAGAAGGAUAAGAAACGGAAGGAGAAAGAGGCGAUUAAAGGUAUUUUUGAUAGGAUACUAUUUUAG